AUUCAAUGUCCAGACGUACCAAAGAGCUUUAUGAUGAGUUCCACAAUAUCCUUUAUCCUUCUGUUCGGGCUGUUUGUCUGCGCCACCUCUUUUCCCAUUCAGAUUGUCUUCCCACACGUUGAACAGAAUGACACUGAGGUGCCAGAUAAUGAUGAUGACGUUUUCGGCAGAAUUCUAAGAGCCAAUAAAGGCAAAAGAAAUUUCCACGUUCAGGGGGACAUUGCCCACAAAUUCAGUCGCAGUGCCAUUAACUGCAAGGAGUGUCUGUGGCCCAAAGACAGCAAUGGGAUUGUGAAUGUGCCCUACACCAUCUCUUCUGAUUACAGUCAGAAUGAGGCCUCCUUGAUUAUGGCUGCCAUGCAGGAAUUUGCCACUUUAACUUGCGUUCAGUUUAUCCCUCAGACAGAUGAAGAUGACUACAUUGCCAUUCAGCCUCUGGAUGGUUGUUGGUCGUACAUUGGGGUAAAUGGUGGAGCUCAGCAGGUUUCCCUCGGCAAAGGCGGCUGUAUUUACUAUGGAGUGAUCCAGCACGAACUCAACCAUGUCCUGGGCUUUGUACAUGAGCACAGCAGGAGCGACCGGGAUAACUAUGUGCAUAUAAAUUACCAGUACAUCUCACCAGAUAAUAUUGCCUUCUUUGACAAGAAGGACACGGACAACCUGGGCCUGGAGUAUGACUACAGCUCUGUAAUGCAUUACCCAGGCUAUAGCUACAGUAACACUACUGGAAAGAACACCAUUGUGCCCAUACCUAAUGCUAAUGUUCCCAUUGGACAGAGAUAUGGACUGAGCACCCUGGAUGUUUCGAAGAUAAACAGGCUGUAUCAGUGUGAUGUUUGCAGCAAGUUAUUUACUAAUGCAUCUGGAACCGUGACUUCAGCCAAUUACCCAGGUUCAUACCCAAGUAAUGCCGACUGUGUGUUCCUGAUCAGGGUUCCAUCAGGCCAAGUGUCCAUGACAUUUAAUGCAUUUGAUGUCCAGUCUUCUAACAACUGCAUCUCUGAUUACAUUACGAUCUAUGAUGGGUCUAGCAGAUCUUCUCCGGUCAUGCUUGGGAAAAUAUGUGGAACAGGGCAGAUCCCACCCUUAAUCUCUUCCACCAACCUGAUGCUGGUAGAGUUUGUUACUGAUGGGGCCAUUGCUGGGACUGGAUUUAAGGCCUCCUACACAUCAGUACAAUGCGGAGGCACCUAUUUCACCCCAUCCAGAAACAUUACCUCUCCGGGAUACCCCAACUCUUAUCCUCCAAACAUGGACUGCUCAUAUGUCAUUACGGCACCUCCUCCUUACAAAAGGGUCUCGCUGAUCAUGUAUUCCUUUACCCUGGAGAGCGCCCCGUACUGCCGAUACGAUUACCUUCAGGUGUAUGAUGGCGUUUCUACCAACUCCCCACUCAUGGGCACCUACUGUGGCACAAUGUCCUUCUCUAAAGUCAUCACAAGGGGGAAUUCCAUGCUUCUACAUUUCAGCAGUGACUAUUCCAACCAGUUCCAGGGUUUUCAAGCUUCAUACACAUUCCUUUGAUGAUCUUCAACAUGGAGUCCAACUGAAAUGGAUACAGAAAACAUUUCCGUUCUAUAUAAAUAUAUAUAUAUAUACUCAGGCCCGGAUUUGUGGAGAGGCCACAAAGGCCCGGGCCUAGGGUGGCAGAAACCUGGGGGCAGCAUGCCGCCCCGCCGCUCCAAAAUGGUAAAAAAUGUGUUUGGCUUACGGCGCAUGCCUGCUUGCAUCCCCCCGCCCCCCUGCUGUUCGCGCAUGCGCAACCCCCCGUUCGCGCAUGCGCACUCCCGCUUGUGACGGGCGCACACACGCAUGCGCACUCGGAGGGGGGGCGCGCGACCGGGGGUGGCCUCGGAGCGGCCGGUUAUGAAAUCCGGCCCUGUAUAUACUUGUAAAUAAUGUACAGAGUCCAUUGUGAUACCUGGGGGGGGGGGUUGUUUGUUAGUGGUGUUGAGUUGUCACACUGCCAUUGGUCAGGUUGAACUAUACAGUGAAUAAAUGUCUAAUACACA